AUGUCAACGCUGCCAAAUUUUGUCGAGCCGAUAGCCUUACGAUGUUUUUUACUAGCUCAAAGCAUUGAUGUCAUUAAUCCUGACGUGAUGACAAAUUUACUAGCAAAGUUAAGGCAUCUUCCGGUUACUGAAGACAACAAACGGGAAUAUCAUACAGUACCUCUCGAGAAAGUCGGAGAGUUCCUGGACGCUAUUCUUUUGGCGUAUGCUAACACUGAAUUCCAAUCAGAGAAUACUAAUCAGCAAAGUGAUGGUCCGCUGCCUAUUAUCUCAACAAAAGCGUUUUUGGAGCGAUUUCGACCCACAAAUACCACUCGAGUACUCUGUGGCUACUUAUUUCAGCGUAAUGAUAUUGUAUUCAACUGCAAAACGUGUCAAUUUGAUGAGACGUGUGUGCUUUGCCUUAAUUGUUUUCAAAAUGGCAAUCACGAAGGUCACGAUGUGUAUUUUCAUCGUACAAGUCCUGGAGGAGUCUGUGACUGUGGAGACAGCGAAGCGUGGGCACCCGAGGGCUUUUGUGUCUACCAUGGACACAAAAAUGAAGUUACAGAAGGCUGUCCGAGAACAGGAAGCAUGGAAUCGUUGCCUGAUAAUAUUUUACGAGUAGCCGACGCUUUAUUUCAAGCCAUCGUGAGUUGUUAUAUCGAAAUGGCGACACAAUCGAUGAAACUUUUCGAUGCUGAGUUUGUGGAUGCAAAUGGACGGCAAAUGGUGCAUGCGUUGCGGUUACGAUUGCAACGAGAAGGGAAAACAAUGGACGAUGUCCAGCAUGCGGAACGACAAUUUCAUGUGCGUAUUUGCAACGACGACAUUCACUCGGACGAGGAUUUAAUUCGAUCACUGUCCCAAAAGCAAAUACCUCGAGCUGAAGCACUUGUACGAGCAAUUGAUUCCAAUGGAUCUGAAAUCGUGGCUAAUAAUUUGUUGUUGCGAGACGCUUUGGCGCUCAUGCAAGCGCUCAAGAGUGAAGGAUGGCACGUUUGUGUGGUACAAGAUCAAUUCAUACACGAUGAAGACGUUUUGCUACAUAUAACACGGUGGAUCAAGACUAUUUGCUCGUUGUCUGAACAGCUACAUGAGCUGUUUUGCAACAAAUUGUUUGCCACAGACGGUCAGCAAAAAGAACCAAUUCAGAUCAUGUUUCUCUCGGAUCCGUACUUUCGAAAGGAUCUUGUGCUGGAAUUGUACGAAUUAUAUUUGAGACUUCAAGGCGUUAAAGGUCCGAAAUUGCAAUUUUCGAUCGUUUUUAUAAAAGUAUAUAACCGAAUGAUGCUAAAAUAUUUCUGUGGAGUCGGUACGCGAGAAGAAUCGCUUUUUCAAUACGGGGUUCAGAUCCUUACGACUCCAUCGAUAGUUCACCAUUUAAUAAAAGAUGGAUUGAUGGAAAUGUUGUUAGAUACGAUCAAUACUGCGCUUGAAAUGGCACGCACACAUACCAUAUCACUACAACCACAUCAUAGUAUCUACCGUACAUUGGACUGUGAUCAUCCUCUCUUAAAGUUCAAACGGUACCACUUUGUGAUUGAAAACUUUGGGUAUGUAUUAGGUAUUCCGGCAAUGUCUAGUGCGUUCCUUCUUCGAUCGGAUUUGCUAGAAAAGUGGCUUUGUGCGCUCGCCGAAGUCCAAGAUCUGGAUCCUCAACUUCGCAUACAAAAUGGACGUGCUCAUGUGACUUUUGAAACACAGUCGUGGCUUACUGCGUUUGCUUUUCAUGCCCAUGUGAGCAAACUUCAUUCUAUAGUUUCAAAAGGAAUUCGUUUUCAUGAGGCUGUGGAUGCAAGCACUUGCAAUCAAGAGCGCGAACGUAUGGUUUUUAAUAUGCUUGAAGGAUUUUGGGAUCAGAUGGAUCGUUCCGUAACACAUCAGAUGGAACUUUAUAGUUCUCCGUGUGGUCGAUUGCUGGGCUCCCAUUGUUCAAAAGAGAUUGUCAAGUAUGAUAUCAUGACACAACCAGUGUCAUUCCACCACCCACUUCAUGGUCUGCUAGCUUUUUCUUUGAUUGAAAGUCUGUACUUUGGACCAGCUUCACCUUUUGAAAGCGCCAAACCGUGGAUUUCGAAUUGGACUACACUUCUUGAGCGCACGAUGGCGAAAAUACUGAAUCAGAGCGGAAGCAGAGAAGAAGAAUUGAACAAACUAGUGCGACAGAAGAAGAUAUUGAUUUAUGCACUGAUGGAAUUUCCGCUUCGCUCUAUGGCUUUAAGCGCGCAUAUUACGUGCGGCUUAUGGAUUCGAAAUGGCCAAAACAUGCAGCGCCAGUUGUUUAACUAUAUGAGUCCACCGUGGUGCAAAGAGUUACGGGAUUCGGACCUUUUUCUUGUUCAAGUAAGCGCAGCGGUGGUGCGUCUCCCCACGUUCUUAACAAUUUUUUUUGACCGCUUCGGCCUUGCAGAGUGGCUUGUAUCCUGGGCAAAUAUUGGUAAUCCAGAGUACGAAAGCUUGAGCGUAGCUACUCGUGAGGAUUUUGCCAGCGCUUCAGAGGACGAGAAACUAGUUAGCGUUUUAGAAACCGCUCUGCUACAGCUUCUUUGGAUCGUAACCGAGCUCACACCCGAUUCAAACGCCAUUGAACAAAGAGAUAUAGUUCUUCGCCGUGAAGUUCUCCACCGUCUAAGCCAGAAUCCAUAUCGACUGUCUGAACUGCUUGAUCAAACUGAAUUUGUAGUCUCAUCGCCGUUUGGUGGCCUCACAACUCGGCAAGAAAGGCAGCACUUAGCACGCCUUGAGCAAAUCCUUGAUGAAAUUGCUGACGUACAGGUUAAGCGCUCCCAUCUAGGGGCUCCACUCGGCGAUGGCGCCUGUGAAGCCGACAGCAUGGGAGAUGGGUCUAUGGAACCAACGACAUACUUUUUAAAAGGGGCGUAUUAUAAAGAAUAUGAUCCGUCAUUUUAUCACUUGAGUCGAUCAAGCCAUGAAAAAGCACAGGAUGCUCGUCAAGAGGCGUUGUUUAAGACAUGGAGAGCAGAGGAUCCACCCAUUCCGCUAGUCUCACAACUUCCACCUCCACACAUGUCGUUUGGCAUAGUGCGAUUUCUUGUGCUGGAAAAAGGUUUGCUUGGUAUCUUGCGCCUUAUUUUGGAGGACGUACAUUGCCCGGGCAUUGGAAGUUUAGCUUGCGACCGUCGAGGCAAGAAGACGAAUGCGAUGGUGAUAUUACGUGCUAUUCACCUGAUUAAUGUGGCUGUUCUUGUGCUGCAGCGUGGUAAUGAUAAAGCGAUUUUGCCGCAAGAGACUGAACCUGUUUUGUCUGAAAGUAAGAUACGCCAGACGCUCUUAUUACUGCGAAACGGCCCCGAAGCCUUUAGAGAAACAGAUGUAACAUCACGAGGAAAGAAGCGCGUGAAAAGGCAGUCAGUGUCUAGUGAUGAGGUCAAUGUGCAAAUGAAUCGAGAGAAUGAGGAAGGCGAGACGAAUGACGUCCACGAUUUAAGUAUUGUUGCGCUUCUUGUAGCACUGUCAAAGGAUAUGGCUCAGCAUGACUUUGAAGCCUCUAAAUCCACGAUCUCAGCUAUUUACUGGAUUUUAAACAAUUUAGCAGCGUUAGAUAGUGUGAUCUAUGUGUACUUAGAGCUUCGAGUCUGGAGUGGAAUGAAAAAACAUGAAGAGAUGGUGACUGAGGUAGGAAUGUCAAAAUCUGAACGUAACAAGCUUCGUCAACAACGCGCAAUUGCGGCGAUGAUGGCACGUCAAAAAUCUUUUGCGCAGUCGAGUGCUUUUGCUGAGAUGGACGACGCGGAACAGUUAGAUGGAACUGGGUUCUCUGGCAACACUAGAGUGCAAUUAAACAACCAUGACACAGAUCCCGAGCAUUCAAUUGUCUACCAACCGCCAUCACCGCCAGACUGCAUUAUUUGUUCGCAGAAGGAGAGGGAGAAGCCAAUGAUGUACAUCGGUCAUGCUCAAAUGAGCAAAGUGAAUUCUCAUGCGACUGAAAAUUUACCAAGAGACAUGACGAAGAUUGUGACUGAUGAACAUAAUAGCUCCUCUGCUCUCACGACAGCAUUUCCACCAGCCAUUCAUCUGUCGCUGUGUGGUCACGCUGUCCAUCUGCACUGCUGGCAAAAGUACUUCGAACUAGUGCGUGCACAGUCUCGAUUUAAUUUUGAGCACAACCAGACCAGCAUCGCGUUUGAUGCGAAUUUUGGCGAGUUUCUUUGUCCGCUUUGUCAGGCGCUUAGCUCUAUGCUAGUACCAUACUUACCCGUCUGUCCACCACUAACAUCAGCAAAUCAGGUACGUGAUCGCAUCGCCAUGGAACAAGUAUUUCAGUCAAAACAAGAUACUUCAACAAUAUUAUCGUGGUUGUCCAAUGGACUCCCGAGUCGAAUUGAUUCAAUUGACCCUGGAAAUAAUGAAAUGAAUGCAGAGGAAGGGAAUAGAUUGAGCAUAAACCGUGAGGAUGAUAUUCAUGCGAUGAAUCAGUUUGCCGUUGGGUUUCUCGAGACGAUGUUGCGUUUCCAGCCCGAAAUGACGCAUCUGGCAACUGCUAUGAGUGCACUCAAGAAUGGUUUUUUCUCAACUGGAGCACAACUCACGCAUUUGAUCUGGUCAUCUGUGGCUUCAACGAUUACUAGCACGCAAUUAAGUGGCAUUUCAUCUGCAAUGCAUUCUUUAGAAACAUUCUCGACAUCGAAGAAAGGCAAUAAAAGUUCUUCUAUCUGGCAACCACCUUCUCGAUCCCCAACUACUGAAAUGGCAACUUCUGCGGCGACAGCAUAUUCCCUCGUGUCUUUGAGAAUCACUGACAUUUUAAAUCCGGCAGUACCGCCUUUGAAAACGCGAGUAGGUGUGUCAUUGCCAGAAGCGCUAGAUCCACAAUUGGACCAAUAUACACCCAAAGACGACAGCAAACUCAAUAUUCUGCUGCGGCCACUGCGAAAUAUGUCAUUGCUUUUUACAACACGCCACCACGGAUUUUAUCGCAGUAUGUGCUUCCCUGUUGCGCAGAAUCUUCGACUUGCUCUGUCUUCUGAACAAUGGCUUGAGACGUUAUCGCAAGGACCUCCACUCCAACUUGGUCUACCCAUUUUGAGUCAGGAUUUAUUCUAUCUGUGUGUUGCUAUUUGCAGUAGUAUGCUGACGACUAAAUCAGAGAUCUUGCUCACGAUUCGAUCAUUGUGUGUUCUAUACAUGGCCCAAGUGCUUAUUCAACUGGCUCAAAUGGAAGCGGAAGAUGAAGAUGAAGAUGAUUGUCUCGGAAAUGAAUUGAGCGAUGAAAGGAGACGUGCACUUGUAACUGUUGGUGCUAAUGAUGAAUUAUAUGAGCAAAGGGAAGAUAUGCAGCUUGGAUUGGAAACGCUGAUGGCGCGUCUUGCAUUUGAAGCUGGCGUUACUUGUGAUCGGAACCGAGAAGAUGUUCCCUGUGCAACUCGGCGGCCAGCGUUACAAGGUCGACAGCUGCAAUUGCUGUUUGAAUCUUCGUGUACGGCAUUCAUGCGGCAAGCGACACUUCUUUGUCGUGCAUUUUUCCGAGGCGAGCAAGAUCCAGAUGUAUCAUGGAGUGCCAAUUUUGUCAGCUCGCUGCGUCUCAGUACAAAUUACCAUGAAAUGUGUCAACAACUAGGAAUACCACGAAUUUCACAGUUAUUGGUCGAUGAACAACUGAUCAAAUAUCUUUUACGGGCUGCGCGUGAACUACGUACUCGUAUAACAAGUGGUGCAGUAUCAGAAGAGGCUCAAGCUCAUUACCAGCACCACGGGAAUGCUGAGCAACUGAUUACCGAGGUCCAGACACUUGUUUUUAGUAAGGCAAAGCAAGACGAAAAUACUUUGGCUGAAUGGGAAGCAAGAAUUGCUCGCGGUAAUUUUCAGAAAAUCCCAAAACUUCCGCUUCGAUUGGAGCCAGAUGUGCAUCAGCCGCAUAAAAGUUUAUUUCAUUUCGCAAAUAUUCGACUGGUAAAACUAGCGCAUUCGUAUACCAGUUUACAUUCUGAGGUGCUAGGGAGAAGCAAAUGCAGACAAACGUUAAAGACAAUGGAGAAUCCAGCUAUUUGCCUGGUUUGUGAACACAUCCUAUGCGCUGGGACCGAGUGCUGCCGACGACGCAAUGACGGUAUUGGUGCCUGUACUUAUCAUGCUAUUACGUGUGGUGCUGGUGUUGGGUUAUUUUUCCUUAUGCGGUCGUCUUCAGUGCUUCUUGUAUAUGGCCCUAGGAGCUCGUACUUUGGAUCGCCUUAUCUUGAUAUGUUUGGUGAAGAGGAUAUUAACGUGCGUCGUGGGCGACCCUUAUAUUUAAGUGCUACGCGAAUGAGAGCGCUGCAGACGCUGUAUGCAAAUCAUCAGCUUGCCAAUGAGGUAGCACGAAAUCGGCGAACCUCCGAUCAAUACAUUCGAAAUAAUUAUUACUGA